CGGAAACUAAGGAACUACUCGCGACACGGACAGCAACACACCGGAAGCGGAGGGAGUAAGCGGCGACUGUCCUGUGACUCAUCCUCUCCGGUGCUCAGGGCACAACCUUGGCCAUGCUGGCUCCUCUCCAACCCAGACCGUGAGCUCCUGGAAGAAGAAAAAAAAUGGCGCACGCGGAUGACAUCAUAGUCCUAGAUGAUGAUGACGAUGAUGAAAAGCCACAUUGCUCCACAGCCAAAAAGCCAUCUGAGUCUCCAGCACCACAGACCAACGGCAGGAAAGGGGGAGGGGAAAGCCAGAAUAAAGGACAAUGUAUGAGUGCAGAGAAUAAGAAGCUAUUUGAGGAGUUUGUGGAUUACUGCUCUGGCCUUACAGAAGAUCAUCCAGAAGUUAUCCCUUUCCUCAAAGGGCGAUUGGCUAAUGCCAACCAAACUUAUCUUUCUUCCGUUGAGUUCCGUAAUGUUUUGGGUCGCUGCCUUACACGGGUUCAGAGCAAGCGCUCUAAAAUCUAUGUUUACAUCAAUGAGCUUUGUACGUCACUCAAGGCCAAUUCCCAGAAGCGCAAGCUCACCCUAAAGCCAUCUACUAAGUCUACGCCAUCUGUCAAACAGGUAGAAGAAGUAAAAGAAGAAAAUGAAGAAAAAGAAGAGGAGGAACCAGUGAAAAAAACAGGGUCCAAGCGUCAAAUACGUUACCUGGAGAAUCUUCUUCGUAUAUACUCUCGAGAGAUCCAGAAGCUUCAGGAAAGAGAGUUAACUCUUGAUGACCUAGAGGAGGAGGACUCUGCUUACAUUCAAGAGGCUCGACUCAAGCGCAAGAUUUUGCUUAUUUUUCAGAAACUUUGUGAAUUAAAAGACUGUCCUAGUUUGACUGGCAGAGUGAUAGAGCAGAGAAUUCCUUACCGUGGUACUCGCUACCCCGAGGUCAAUCGUCGCCUAGAAAAAUUCAUCAAUGAAUCCCGGGAUGGUUUUCCUGAUUAUGGCGACGUGCUUCGUGUAAUUGAAAGGGCCUGUGACAGACAUGAACUUGGGCUGCCACGCAGGAAGAUACAAGGAAUGGCACAAGACGCUUUCCGGGAAAUAGGAAAUCUUCUGCAAGAGAGAAGGCACCUGGAUAUGGUGUACAACUUUGGCUGUCACCUUACUGACAGUUAUAAAGCUGGUACUGACCCAGCUCAACAGGACCCAAGUUUGUCACGGCGUUUACGGGAGAACAGAGGCAUGGCACUUGCACGGCUUGACGAAGUCAUUAAACUUUAUGCAGAGAAACAGGAUGAGGAUGAGGGAGAGGAUGAGAAGAGGAGGAAAAGAAAAAAGGAUACGGAAACAGCCAGCACUUCUAAAGCAGGAAAGGUUUCACCAGUACAGAGUAGAAACACUCCUACCCCACCUUCUCAGAAUUCAGAGGAUGAUGAGGAGUCUGUGGAGGAAUCUGAAACUGACAUUGAGGAGGAAUUGAAGCAGGCCGAAGAAGUAUCAGAGGGGGAGGAAGACGAAGAGGCUACUGAAGUUCCAAACAACGAAGAAAAUGAUGGAGAUCAGAGAAUGGAAAUCCCAUCCACACCUCCGAACUUGCCAGUCGAAGAGGCCAAUGAUGAAGAGGAGGGAGAUGACCUUAAUGAAGACAAUGAUGAACAAAUGGAAGACAUUUCCCAACCUGUUACUCCCUUGUCAGAUGAAGAGGAAGACUCCAUUAAUAUACAGGAGACAGAGAGCAAUAUACAGGAAUCGCCUACAUGUUCUGCUACACAGAUCAACAAACCCCACCCAUGCAGUACAACAGCAGAUAAUGGGGAGAAGGAAAACCAUGAGGAAGCGAUUAACACUUCUGAAGUGGAAACUGUAGAAGACUGUAAAAAAGAUGUAAUUGUGGAUAAUGGAGAUACUCAUGAAGAAUCAGACAUGCCUUAUUCAGAGAAUAAAACUUUGAUUGCCAAGGAAAGUGAUAUAAAGAGUGAUUUGCCAUCCAGCACAGACAGCAGCGUAGUAGAGGAGGUGCUGGCUGAUGGUGCACUGCCACAUGAAGAAAGUCAUUUGGAUACACCUGCAGAUCCAGCACACACAGGAGACACUCAAUCGAGCAGUGACAAUACAGAGUCUUUAUUGGUUGGUGAUGAUGAAGAGUCUACCAAUCAUGUAAAUAAACAGACAACCGACCUUAAGGAAGAGGAAGGGCUUAACGCAAACAGUAGCACUCAUACUAACUCAGACAUUUUGCUUGAUGAGAGCAGCUGUGAGGGCACUCAUGUAGAUAAUGACACACCUCCUGUGGAGAGCAGCAGUAGAGAGACAGAGGUGUUGCAUAUAGAGAGCAACACUGAAGAGCACUCAACAAUUGGUGGCGCAAAGGGUUCCUCUGUGAGUAGCACAAGGGAAGGUGAAAGCAAGACUAAAAUGAACUGCAAAGGGAGUAAUACAGAUUUAGAUACUGGUGUAUCAUGCGUGGAAAGUAGCCUUAGAGAUGAUUCUGAAGACAGCAGAGGAUCGUCGCUUAUCAGCAGUGGAGACAGUAGUAUUAAGGAGGAGGUGUCGCAUAUGGGCAGCAGCAAUGGACUUCUGAGUGUGCCCAUUGCAAAACAACGGGGGAAGGAUUUGCUGUGCGUGGGCAGCAGUACAGACAGUCACAUGAGGGUUCAAAGGGGUACCACGGACAUCAUAAAAAAAAGAAAAUUGAGCUUCACAAACAGAAAGAGGAAAUGGAGCUCCGAACGAACCCUGCUUGAGAACGGAGACAGGGCAUUCAAUGGAAAGAAGCACGACAGACGAGCAAAGAUCUUCAAGAGAUCGAUAAACCGCUCUCCUGACAAGGACCCUUCACAAGAUCUGUCACUGGAGAUGAUUGUUUCGUGCAGCCCACCCACCUCCAGAACCAGCCAGAACAAGAAGACCAAUGCCUCUACUCAGUGUGACCCAGAAGAAGUGAUUGUUCUCUCGGACUGAUUUUCCAGCCUUUUUUGUAUAAUUAAUUAAAAGAGAGGGGAUACCCGAUUUCUGCUGGGGUUUAUUUAAAUGCGUUUCUGGGGUUAUCUACCCUGGUGGUAUUGGGAGGGGUUAUAUAAGGCCAACUUUAGGGGUGGGGUUAGGAGGAAUUAUUAGUUACGGCAUCAGCAGGUCUCUAUUUCAUAGCUGGUUACGGUUAGUAGUAGCGCUUGGUUGCCACACAGGAAUUGCUUUGUGUACAUCACCCUUUUGUGCGAUGUCCGCAAAUGUGCCCUCUCCUGGAAUUGAGAGUAGAAGAAAUGUCUUAGGGUAUCUCCCCUCUAGGUUGAUCUUAAGACGGGGAUUAAUGGGGUUAUCUCCCCCGGGGUAUUUUGGGUAUCUCACCCGGGGUAUUUUGGAUACCUCCCCCCCUCUUACUUUGUUAAGUAACUUUUGGUUUUGUAAAAACUUUGAGAAUAAAUUUUUUUGUUUCUUACUA